CUUUCCUGCUUUUUUUUUUUUUUUUUAGUUCACUUUUUUUAGUUCACAUGAAGCUGAAGUGACUUCCAGAGUUAGAGUUCAAAGUUUUUAACAUGGAAACUCCGGCCAUAAACCUGAAGGCCAUUGUGGCGGUGCACUGGCUGCUGACAGUCUGGGUCUGUCUGGCUUGGCUAAGUCCCUCAUAUAUCCUUGCAAACUUCAGCGUGCUGGCUGUGGGCGUGUGGGCCGUGGCUCAGAGAGACUCUGUAGAUGCUGUACUGAUGUUCCUGGGCGGCCUGUUGCUGACAGUCGUGAAUGAUAUUGUCAACCUUGCGCUAUAUUACUCGGCGACCACAGACAUAUCCCGCUUCAGCAUGGGCAUGGCCAUCCUCAGCCUCAUCCUCAAACCGCUAUCCUGUUUUUUCAUCUAUCAGAUGUACCGCGAAAGGGGCGGAGAGUAUAAUAUCAACUUUGGUUUUCCAUCAGUGACCCGAAACCGAGACACGUAUCAGUCCAUUGACCAUCAAAAUCAACCUGACAACUCGGCCAAGCCGUUUAUCCAAGGAGAAGACCAGAUACAGGGCGUGCGAUCCUACUAAUUUAUGCCUUAGCUUUUUUUAAAAUGGUUACUGCAUUCCUGUUUGGGGAGUUGGAAUACUUAAAAGUGUAGCAUUGCUUGUUACUACUGGGGGACCCUCAGGGGUCAGUACCUUUAUGUUUUGUAUGUUUUGACUGGGAAAGUGAAUGGACUGGCUUUUAAAAUGAGUUCAGAUUCAUCGUUAAACUUUAUGGACCUUAUGUAUAAUGUACUUUUGGACAUCACCUAAUUGUGACAAGCAAUCAUACAAUAUAGUACUUUUUUCAAAGUACAACUUUAUUACUGUACAUUAAAUAGGUUUAAUGUUUCUUAAUGCAAAUGUUUAGGUUCAUGGGUAAUGUGCAGUAUGUGUCAGUGGCCAGGUACAUAGUCUCCUUAAUGUAUAUCCUUAUGGAUUUUUGAUAAUGUCUAGAUAUGAAUGGAACGAAAAAGGAAAAUCUGUAUGAGAAUUAUAUGAAUGUCCAUACCUAUAUGUAUGUCUAUUUUGUUCUGACUUAUUUAACUGUAAGCACAACACACAAUCUGUAGGUCAAAUGCAAAUAUAUCUCUAUAAUUAUGUUUAAA